GUGAAUCUUGAUGUAGUUGUUAAAAGCUCCGCGGUUAGAUGAAAGCUGUCCGUUCAGAAUGUACGUUCUUUGGAAGGAUGUAUAUUUCGUUUCGCAAGUUCAUUGUUAAAGCAGUAUUGUUUGCCUUCUAUCAGCGGCAAUGGCUUGAGAACGUAGCUCUCUAUGUUUCCGCACUAAUUACCUCCACGGCUCAACCCUUUGAAAGCUCUGUGACUUCAUAAACUCCAUUCAAGUUCGCGCACCGACUGUCAACGCUGGAAACAAUUGGCCCUUCCAUUAUCUGAGGUGACCCACUUGCUGUAAUCCCUAAUCUUGCUGGGAACACGGUUCGUCAACCGGAGUAGACCCGUGCGCGCGCACCCAUUCACGUACCGGCGGGGCGAGGGGGCACAAGAUUUGGACUUCGGAGAUAUUCGGGCUUAUUCGCUCGCGACCGUCGCGUCGGACGGUAGUGCGGCUGCCUCAUGCCCCGCCACCACGGCCGACCACGACGCGAUCCCGCUGGUGGUCCGCAGUGGCCACCACCUGCCGCCAUGUCGUAACAUCAUGGGCUACAACAACCAAGGGCACGGGUACAACAAGUUGUUUACACAGGGCUCAGCAGACUCAAACUAUUCCCAGCCAUCUUCGGAGCUGUCGCUGGACGAAGACAAGGAGGCGCAGCGCCGCGAGAAGGAAACGCAGGCUAUCUCACAGCUGGAUAAGGCGAGGGCAAAACCGGUGGCGUUCGCGGUGCGCACCAAUGUCUCGUACGAUGGAACCAUCGAUGACGACUCGCCAGUGCACGGCAGCGCUAUCUCCUUCGAGGUGCGCGAUUUUCUCCACAUCAAGGAGAAGUACGAUAACAACUGGUGGAUCGGGCGGCUCGUGAAGGAGGGCAGCGACGUGGGCUUCAUCCCGUCGCCGGUGAAGCUGGAGGCGGUGCGGUCGGGGCUGGGCGCGCGGCGCUACCCGCGGCCCGCGUCCGCCGCGCACGGCCCGCACGCGCCGCCCCUCUCCAGAGGUAGCACCCCCCCCACGCCCGGUGAGGAGUCAGAUGGCGCGGGGCGGGGACGCGGCGCGGGCGCGGCGGGCGGCAAGGAGAAGCGGAAACCCUUCUUCAAAAAGGCAGAGGCUAGCACACCCUAUGACGUGGUCCCUUCAAUGCGGCCAGUGGUCCUCGUAGGACCUAGUCUUAAGGGUUACGAGGUCACCGACAUGAUGCAGAAGGCCUUGUUUGAUUUUCUUAAGAGACGCUUUGAAGGCAGGAUAAUAAUAACGCGCGUGAUGGCCGACAUAUCUCUCGCGAAGCGCUCGCUCCUCAACAACCCGUCGAAACGUGCCAUCAUGGAGCGUUCCAACUCGCGCUCGACUUGCCUCGCUGAAGUUCAGGCGGAAAUCGAAAGGAUAUUCGAGUUAGCUCGGACCCUGCAGCUGGUGGUGCUGGACUGUGACACCAUCAACCAUCCCUCGCAGCUCGCCAAGACCUCGCUCGCGCCCACUAUCGUCUAUCUGAAGAUAUCCAGCCCUAAGGUGCUACAGCGACUGAUCAAGUCUCGCGGCAAGGGCCAGAGCAAGAACCUGUCCGUGCAGAUGGUGGCGGCGGAGAAGCUGUCGCAGUGCCCGCCCGACAUGUUCGACGUGAUCCUCGAUGAGAACCAGCUCGAGGACGCCUGCGAACAUAUCGCUGAAUAUUUAGAGGCGUACUGGCGCGCCACGCACCCGCCGGUGCCGGAGGAGGCGGCUCCGGCGCGCCAGCUGCCACUCAACCAGCACCACGCGCAGCCUGGCGGCAGGUCCCGCGCGGCGCGGCCGGAGCGGCUGGAGGAGGAGUACUACCCGCACGGCGACGGGCGCUACCCGCGCGAGUACCACGAGUACGGGCGCGAGUACGGGCGCGAGCGGGCCCACGCCGCGCGCCCGCCGCCGCCGCACGACGCCUACGGACACGACUACACGCGCGACGCCUACGCGCGCGACGAGUACGGGCGGGAGAACGCGCGCGACGAGCGCGAGCGGCGCCGCGACCGCGACCCUCCCGACGACUACGGGCCGUCGCGCCGCGCGCUCAACGCCGUGUAGCCGCGCGCGCCCCCGCGCCCCCGC